UCUCUAUUCCCAAUGUAUUAGCAUAACCUUAAUUAUGCCUUUCCUCUCAGUUUACUGCUACUGUGCCACAGUAAGCUGAAAAUCCGUCUCUGCAAAACAGAGCUGGUACAGGAGCAGUUAAGACUAGGAACGUUGUCUUUGGAAGUGCGGAUGAGUCGAGACAAAUGUGCAUCAAAAAUUCAACAGUUUAAAACUAACAUUCCUUAGCCAAACAUUGCAUGGAGGUAUUUUAGGUAUAAUAUUCAGGGAAUCCAGAAAAAUUUCAUUACAAUUGAAAGCCUGUGAUGCUAUGAUGACCCCAAACAUGCACUGCAUUAAAAACCUGCAUGUUUUUGUGAUGGAGAUCAACGCACAGGCUCAGGAAUCCUUUGACAAACUGAUGCCAAUGAACACCGUCCAUCUCUACAUCCACUAAUGCAGGAUCAGUGCAGAAGCUGCAGCCCCCAGGAAAAAGAUCUAACUGGUGACAGGAGCCAAGAAAGAUUCAACAUCAAGAGUGUCUUCGCUUCCAGUAAAAUGCAGUGGGUGCUCGUUCUGCUGUGUGUCCUCCUGCCCCUGACCUGCUUUUGUGAAAGUGGUUUGACUGACAAAGGGCUGCUUUUCCCCAAACCAUCAGCCAAUUCCUACGUGAAGCUCACCCCCCUGAACCCCCUGAAUUUAGAGGCCUUUACUCUGUGUAUGCGUCUGUCUGUGGAUCCAAACGUAGUUUCCAAAGAGGCACGUGAGACCAUCCUCUUCGCUUAUCGCACCCCAGACCACGAUGAGCUUAACGUGUGGCAGGAGAAGGGCAACAUCUCCUUGUACCUGAGAAGCAGCUCAGAGGGUGCUUUCUAUGCCGUCCCACUUCUCUCCAUCUUCCGCACAGACCUGUGUGUCACCUGGGAAUCCAGCACAGGUCUGACUGCGUUCUGGGUGGACGGCCGCCGCAGCACUCUGCAGGUGUACAGGAAAAACCACAAGGUCCAGUCUGGUGGUGCUGUUAUCCUGGGUCAGGAUCCGGACUCGUUCGUUGGUAAAUUUGAUGAAAAUCAGAGUUUUGUAGGCGAGAUUUCAGACGUGAACAUGUGGGAUUAUGUGCUGACAGGGGGUCAGAUUAAGCAAUUCAAUGAGAAGUUAGGUUUGGGGCCAGAACCAAAAGUUCUUAACUGGAACACUAUGCAGUAUGAAGUACAUGGGAAUGUCCUUGUAGUGGAAGAGAAGUACAAAUGAUGUGUAAGAUGACGAUCUCUGUAACGAGGUCCUGUAGUGGUGUAACAGUAGCAGUAUGUUUUCAGCAAUUAUGCAUGUACUAGUAUUUAUACAUGUAUAAAAAUUACGAUAUUUGCCUCACAUUUGAGCAAAGUUUGAUAUUAUCGCAGUAUUGUUAGAACAUGAAAAUAAAAACACUACGUGGACAAACAAA